AUGACUACCUUAAGCGGGCCUCCAUCACUUGGUCGCAUGGGUAACGGAGGACAUUUCACCUCUAAUGAGAGCAUUGACGUGCGAAAUCUAUCUUUUGAACAUGAAUCCUCGCAGAGCCCACAGAACUCGACUGCACAUUUCGGUCCUCCCAGUUCCGCUGAGACCUCCAGACAUGGAAAGCUACAGGUAUUGUCCGCUGAAGGGACUGAGCACUCGACAAGCAAGAAGCAGAAGCUAGAUCAUAUCAAACUUGAAUCCAUGAACGGACCAAGGACGGAUCUGCAGAGAAUAUUGGAAAAGCUUUCUCCACAGACAAUUCCACCCUCCCGAUCCGAGAUUGCGCAUUCUUCUGCGUCGUCCCAGUUUCCUACCAGUGCAACAACACCAGCAUCAACACUAGCCGAAGGUGCCCAUCCUUAUACCCAGGAAGAUAGAGCGGCGGAAGUGUUUCGUCUCAAACAGGAACUCCUCGCUGCAAAUUCGAGGAUUGCUCUGCAGGAGCAAGAGCUUGCACAAACUCGUGUGAUAAAGCACACAUUAGAUCAAGCACUUGGUUCUCCAUCCGAGGUGGAUUUCGGAAACCGUGAAAUCACAGACCAGGCCAUCGGCCACCUACAAAGUGCUUUCAAUGCACCAGGCUCUGCAUUCGGUAAUUUUCCAGAUGCAUGGGGUGUCCAGGAUGAUUCGCAGUCUGAUAUGUCGGAUCCAUUGCCUACCGGAGCUUACGGCAGAUAUCGGGGGCUCUGGGGCCCCAAUGACCCUGGCAUCGACAGGGAGUACGGGGAGAGUCAGUCAGGUACUAGCAGCUCUGUAAGCCAAGAUGCAAAUCGAUUUUGGGGGAUGUCCAAUAUGUACCCAUCGUUUGCCGGCCAAUCAUCCUUGCAACCUCAGAGGACACAGCCGGGGUCCUCGGCUAGUCCAUGCGGAUUCUACUCACGUCCCACUAGCGACCAGUUCUUUUACCCUCCCGGGCCCAUCCCUGGGUCGCGCCGCCCCAUCACCCAAAGCAGUAGGGGUGGAUCUCUAUUUCCGAUCCAAUCAACACCCUGGGGUGAGCUUGCUUCCGGGUCCAACAGUGAGCAGACCCCCAAGUCGCCUCCUUCGCCGACGAAGAGACCCUCAAGUGCCUUCCAACAGGUUGCGUUGUAUUCUGUGCCUUCUUAUCCCCCAAGGCCAGUGGGCAGCCCCCUUUCGCCAACUGCUACUGAAUUCACAGGUGUGAGUACGAACGAAACAACAUGGACCACUUCGAUGGGCGGCAACUCCAUCCAAACUUACGUGUCACCACUAGAGCCGCUCAACUAUCGGCGUCUGCUCGACAAAAAUGUAUCGUGCGACUGGAAGUACAUUGUAGAUAAGAUCAUCUGCAACAAUGACCAACAGGCUUCACUCUUUUUGCAACAAAAGCUCAAGAUCGGCACAACCGAGCAAAAGUACGAUAUCAUCGAGUCAAUCGUGCACCAAGCCUACCCCCUCAUGGUCAAUCGAUUUGGGAACUUUCUGAUACAGCGCUGCUUUGAACAUGGAACCCCAGAGCAGGUCGUGGAUAUCGCCAAUGCGAUCCGAGGCAACACACUCACUCUCAGCAUGGAUGCGUUUGGCUGCCAUGUAGUUCAAAAGGCAUUUGACUGUGUUUCCGAGGAGUACAAAGUCAUCAUGGUGCACGAACUUCUCCGCAGAAUUCCCGAGACGGUGGUUCAUCGAUAUGCGUGCCAUGUGUGGCAGAAACUCUUCGAGCUCCGGUGGAGUGGCGAGCCUCCCCAGAUAAUGACUAAAGUCAACGAGGCACUACGUGGCAUAUGGCAUGAGGUUGCUCUUGGAGAGACGGGGAGCCUGGUUGUUCAAAACAUCUUCGAGAAUUGCGUGGAAGAGGAAAAGCGACCUGCAAUUGAAGAAGUUCUGGCGAAGAUUGAUGUACUCGCUCAUGGCCAGUUUGGAAAUUGGUGCAUCCAGCACAUCUGCGAACACGGUGCUCCUCACGACAAGAGUCGUGCUAUUGAGCAUAUCAUUCGCUGGGCUGUAGAUUACAGCAUGGAUCAGUUUGCGUCUAAGAUUGUGGAAAAAUGCCUCAAGAUUGGGGGUACGGAGUUCAUGGACCAUUAUCUUUCUCGCGUCUGCACUGGUCGUUCCGAUCGGCCUCGCAUGCCCUUGAUCGAUAUAGCGGGAGAUCAGUACGGCAACUAUCUCAUUCAAUGGAUUCUGAUGAAUGCUUGCCCUCAUCAACGAGAGCUUGUGGCCAGUCACAUACGGAAACAUAUGGUCUCCCUUCGUGGCUCCAAGUUCGGCUCUCGGGUGGCCAUGCUUUGUUGCAACCCAUCUCAUGCUACCCGUCCUGGCCCUGGUGCUGGGAUGCAAGUCGGUCGGUUCAACAGUUUCAGUGACGACAAAUUUAGCACAAGCCAGUCCGGUGGUCGUUUCGGCCGCGGACACCAAUGGGGCCCCAACCAUGCCCAACUUCGUUGA